AUGGACGCUGUUCACUUCGACCUCCAGCAUGAACGUCGAGCACCGGCACCCCUAUCGCGCAUGUCAUCUAUUGCAAGCACGUCGUCGGACGACACCACUAUCAGCUCGGAGUCAGCCAGGAGGACGCGCAAGAGGUUCACACACGAGCAGUUGGCUAUGCUCGAGCAACUAUUCCACCAAUGUUCCCAUCCUACCCGUCAGCAACGAGAGGCCUUGGCCGACCAAGCUGGGAUGGAAAUACGAUCUGUAACUAUUUGGUUCCAGAACAAACGCCAGUCGGAACGCAAAGUCGCCCUACGCAAUAGCACCAACACUACCCGGUCCCUAUCGUCCUCGGACAACAGCGCGUCCGUCAGCAGCUCCCUCAAGGCAGGUAAAGCCAUGUUGCGCCCACAAUCGCGCGUCCAUUCCCACUCCCACUCCCGUGCCUCGGCCCCAUCACGCAUCCUCUCCCUUGACGAGAUCGCCUCGCGCUCCGAGCUCCGCAUCCAACCCCCCAGCACGCCCACGCGCCGCCCGAACCCGCGGCCCAAUGCCACCCUAUGGGACAGCAUGCUCUCGUCGCCCAUCCAGUCCCCAUCAUCCCCCGUGCGCGAAUACCACUACAUCGAGUUCGGCAAGACGAAAAACGCGGGCAACCGGAAGACGCUGGAGUGGGCGUGCGCGGUGGCACGGGUAUCGACUAAGCAGCAAUUGGCAGAAGGGGGUUUAUUUGCGACGUUGAGGGAGGAGCCGGAGGAGGAUACGGAGACGCAAUGCAGUAAGAGCAGUGCGGGGGACAUGGAUAUGGACGACGACGACUAUACCGACGAGGAGGUGCACGAAGCCCUCACUCCCAACGACAGCUUUGGCUACACGGAAGAUACCAGCAAGCGAGGAACCUUACAAGCACAGCAAAAGGACCAAAACGUCGACGAAGAUACCAUGAGGGCUGCGUUGGCGUUGUGCGGACUCGGGAACCGGUGACAUACGGGACGUGUUAAAGUUGAAAUUAAUGGGGCCCCUCUCUCGGGGACGCCCCUCAUGCCUAAUUAUGAAGUAACGAAUAUAUGCCUACAAGUAUGUAGCCUUGCAUGUAGAAACCCAUACCCGAACAUAAUCGGACAUAUGUUGUACCAUUCCUAUCCUGCGACGACACUGGUCCGACUGAGAUGCAUAGUACCAUCUAUGCAUCAAACCUUGGCAAGACGGCAGCGUUUGGGAUCGUCAUUUCAGUCAUAAACAAAGUAGGUCCGACAACUAAAUCCAGCCGAUCUUAAAGAUCCUGUACCCGCCUUCGUCCGCUCGUCCGACUCCUUCCUGCCUUUCGACUCGCUCCUCGCUCAAGAUAGCUAGAACUGCCCUCUCCGUCACGGAGGAGACCACAGAAGCGGCAGGAAAGACCGCGCCAACGGUAUCACCCAUUCCCUCAUGUCGCCCGACAGUACGCAUGGGAAUCGCCAACCAAAAUAUCCCACCUCUCCCGCCGUUCUCGGCGGAGG